AUGACUGGAGAAAAAUUACCUGGCAAAUGUAAUGAACCUGUUGCAUUCCACACUAUAUUCGGAUGGACGGUUAUGGGACCAGUUGAGUCACUCUCCCAACCCCAUGUCACCUCACUACUAGUCAUCUCUAACGAUGAGCUCGACCAAUCGCUCACCAACUUUUGGACCAUAGAAGAACCCCCUCAAACUGUGUGCAUAAGUCCAGAAGAUAAACAAGCUGAGGAACACUAUAAUCAGACGAUGGAACGUCUCCCAUCAGGACGGUACAUGUUGUCGUUGCCUUUUCGAUCAAACAAGCCAUAUCUAGGAGAAUCUAAACAAAUUGAUUAUCAAAGAUUGCUCUCUUUGGAGAAAAAACUAGGAAAGAAUGCAGACCUGAGAAAUCAAUAUCAUGCGUUCAUGCAAAAUUACUUAGACAGUCGACAUAUGGAACUUAUCCCAUUCAAUGAAAGAAGUAAUCGAUUUUUUUAUUACAUCCCUCAUCAAUGCGUUCUUCGUCCAGAUAGUAGUACUACUAAACUUAGAGUAGUUUUCAACGCAUCUUCACACACUAGUCUUGGUAUGUCGCUCAACGAUCACUUGCUCACUGGGCAAAAACUGCAAUCCAACCUGCAAUACAUAUUAUUGAGGUCACGGUUAUACAAGUAUGUCAUAACACCUGACAGUAAACAAAUGUACAGACAAAUUUUAAUUCAGCCAUAUGACAGACUAUUUGCGCAUUCUGUGGAAAUUUGA